AUGGGGGAACGAAUGUCCAAGGUCUUUCGCACUAUGGUGCGCUACCUUUUGCAGACAGAAGCCAGGGAGACCAUUGCGCAGAYGUUACCAGAAUUGGACCUGGGCCGGACAGAGAAGUGUGUGAGGGUGAACUCUGUUUCCAGUGGUCUAGCUGARGACGACCUGCAAGUCAUUCUGCAAUCAAAGAUUCUUCCUCCUGCCUUCAUGUUGCCUAAAGUGGAAGACACUCAGGAGGUCAAAUGGUUUGUUGACAGGUUUCAGCACAACUUGAAAGGACGGACGCUGACAGAACCCGUGCGCCUCAUCACCUUUGUGGAAACCGCUGUCGGCCUACUCAAUUUUAAGGCUGUGUGUGAGGAAAUCCGUCAGCUUGCUCCUAAGGCUGGUCUCCAUCACGACGGCGUGGUGUUUGGCUCUGAUGACUUCUGUGCCAGCAUAGGUGCCACACGGACUAAAGAUGCCAGCGAGCUUCUCUACGCUCGGCAGAAGGUGGUUGUGACCACCAAAGCCUUUGGGCUGCAGGCGAUUGAUCUGGUUUACAUMGACUAUAAAGACGUGGAGGGACUGAGGCAACAGUCCAGAGAAGGUGCUCUGAUGGGCUUCACAGGUAAGCAGGUUAUUCACCCGGGGCAGAUCCAGGCUGUGCAGGAGGAGUUCUCCCCGAGUCCAGAGAGGGUUCAAUGGGCCAGCGAGCUCAUUUCUGCUUUCAAUCAACAUCAGAAAGAAGGAAAGGGUGCGUUCACCUUCCGCGGCAGCAUGAUUGACUUGCCCUCGCUGAAGCAGGCUCAGAACAUCAUGACGCUCGCCUCCGCAGUGCCAAAGAAAUAACACAAUGAUGGAGAAGAGACGGGAGGCACCAAACGACUAAACCCCAACCGGAGAGGUCAAAGGAAACUGGAAAUGGAAAUCAGCACUUCAGAACCUUUAUAUAUAUAUAUAUAUAUAUAUA